UUAUGUGUUGCACUACCUGUAGAAAGAUGCUAGCUAAGCUAAUGCUAGGAAGUAACGCUAAUCAUCUUUUGAGAGCAGUGAAUGGCAUUUAUGGCUGAAGUUUUAUGCAGAAACGGUUUUAACUACAACAACUGACAACAGACUGCUGAGAUGUCAGAGUCCCAAACCCCCCCCACUCCCAACCCCAGGGGGGACAUAUACAAAGGAUGGCUUUUCAAAUGGACUAAUUAUAUAAAAGGUUAUCAGAGACGGUGGUUUGUCCUCAGCAAUGGCCUCCUGUCUUAUUAUAGGACACAGGCAGAGAUGGGCCACACAUGUCGGGGCACUAUCAAUUUGGCUACAGCUAACAUUGCUGUGGAAGACUCAUGUAAUUUUAUUAUUUCUAAUGGUGGUGCGCAGACGUACCACUUAAAGGCCAGUUCUGAGAUUGAACGGCAGCGCUGGAUCACUGCUCUGGAGCUUGCCAAAGCAAAAGCCGUGGGCAUGCAGGCUGAUUCAGAUGACUCGGGUGAUGAUUUUUCAAUAGUGGCCCCCUCCCCCGAACAGGCAGGCUUAGGACGUAAUACAGAAAUUCAGGCCACACUUCGAACCCUCAACAGUAAAGUUUGAGGAUCUAGCUACUUGCAUGACCUUAUUGUCAAGCGUGGCACUGCACUUCAAAGGUCUCUGUCUGAACUUGAGGCCCUUCGACUUGGUGGAGACUCAACUGAAAAGUUCAAACAAGUUACAGAGCGGGCGACGUUGUUCAGAAUCACCUCAAACGCUAUGAUCAAUGCAUGCCGGGACUUCCUAUCACUUGCCCAGACCCACAGCCGGCGCUGGCAGAAAGCUAUCCAAACAGAAAGAGAACAGAAGAUCCGGUUAGAAGAGACACUGGAACAACUCGCCAAACAGCACAACCACUUGGAGAGGGCCUUCAGAGGGGCCACAGUCCUGCCCAACUUGUGCAGCAACCCCUCUUUAGAAACCAAAAGUACUUCAUCUGGAAAAUGUGAUGCCAGUGAUGAAGAUGAUGACAAUGAGUUUUUUGACGCAAUGGAAGAGUUUAUUACUGUUCCAGCUGACCCCAAAUAUCACAAGCGAUCUAGCAGCAAUGUCAGCGGGAUCAGCUGUGAGACUGGAAUGGAUGAUCAGUCGGUAAAUUUCGAUGAGCUGUCCCUGGCAUCAAAUCCGGACUCUCCACAAUCUAUGGAGCUAGAGCCUGUUCGACAAAGGCGCACUCGUAUUCCGGACAAGCCAAAUUAUUAUCUGAAUUUGUGGAGCAUUAUGAAGAACUGUAUUGGGAAGGAGCUCUCAAAGAUCCCAAUGCCUGUAAACUUUAAUGAACCCCUGUCUAUGCUGCAACGUCUGUCUGAAGACCUGGAGUAUUAUGAACUGCUGGACAAAGCUGCGAAAUGCCACAGCUCUUUGGAGCAGAUGUGUUACAUUGCUGCAUUCACUGUGUCCUCCUACUCCACCACUGUCCUCCGCACAGGGAAACCCUUUAAUCCACUGCUGGGAGAGACAUUUGAGCUGGACAGGCUCAAAGAGAGUGGCUACCGCUCCCUGUGUGAACAAGUGAGUCACCAUCCACCAGCUGCGGCUCACCAUGCUUUUUCUGAAAAGGGCUGGACCCUGAGACAAGAGAUUACUUUAGCCAGCAAGUUUAGAGGGAAAUAUCUCUCCAUUAUGCCUUUGGGUGCCAUACAGUGUUUAUUCGACAAAAGUAAAAAUCACUACUCUUGGAAGAAAGUGACGACAACAGUACACAACAUUAUUGUUGGAAAACUAUGGAUUGACCAGUCAGGUGAGAUAGAUAUAGUCAACCACAAGACAGGAGACCGCUGCCAUCUCAAGUUUACACCUUACAGUUACUUCUCCAGAGAUGUACCCAGGAAAGUUUCAGGAGUAGUGACAGAUAAAGAUGGCAAAGCCCACUAUGUGCUGUCCGGAACCUGGGAUGAGAAGAUGGAGCUUCGUAAGGUGAUGCAAAGCAGCAUAGGUGAGAAUGGAACAGAAGGCAAACAGAGGCCAGUGUACCAAACACUCCAACCCAAAGAGAUCUGGAGAAAGAACCCAUUACCUGAGGGAGCUGAGAACAUGUAUUACUUCUCAUCACUUGCAUUAACUCUGAAUGAGUCAGAGGAGGGCGUGGCACCCACAGACAGCCGGCGACGCCCUGACCAGAGGCUCAUGGAGGACGGGAGAUGGGAUGAGGCCAAUGCAGAGAAGCAGAGGCUGGAGGAGAAACAACGCACGGCCCGCAAGGAGAGGGAGAGGGAAGCUGUGAAGGCUGCCAACACUCCUGAGGAAGGCAACCACCCAGAUAACUACCAAGCAUUGUGGUUUGAGAAGAUAACGGACCCUGUAUCUGGGGAGACAUUACACAUCUACAAAGGAGGCUACUGGGAAACCAAGGAGCAGGGCAGCUGGGACAUGUGCCCGGACAUCUUCUAACACUCAACACCACAGGAAAAUGAAAAGCUGUGAGAGGCUCAAGGCAGUUUCAGAUAUGGAAUCUGGACUAUACCCUCAACACAACUAAAUAUUUUGUUACUUCAAAUUUCACUCCAGUAUUUAUUGCACAUUAUUUAUUCGUGUUCAAAUAUAAUCUGUUAAAUACUACAGUGCAUUUAUUAGUAAGGUGAUUUUGAUCCACACUGAUGUAGUUUUAAGACUGAAACUCCUUGUAAUGACUAAAAUAAAGAUGGACAUAGCCAUCACCAAUACAACAUUUCAGUGAAUUUAGUCUGACAGUUCAUUUCAAGUGAUAUAACACAUUUCCGUGGUUAUUAUGUGUAGUAUUUUCAGAUGCAAAGCUUCAUAAUCUGUCUAGUGUUGAGCUUUAUGAGGGUACACUAAACAAAAAAACAACAUCCCAGAGUUACAGCUGGAGCUGCCUGUGAUAUUGAUGUUAUUUAAGUCAGUAAGCUGUGAGGAGUCGGUAAGCUAUGAGGAGAGGUCUUCCUGAUUUCCUGUGAACAUUUCAACCAUAGCUUUAAUCUAUGUGGUUUCCUUUUGUGCUGCACUUGUACUUUUUCUAACAGCAAUAAGAGUGCCUCUGUGAUUACAUGUGGCAUAAUGUUCAGUGUUCAGUGUUCAGAUGUGAAAUGAUGUAACAUGCUACUGUCUAUCUUACCCACUGUCAUCAGUAAUGAGUGACUGAAUGGGUUCAUUUUAAAAUCUAUUAUUUUAUUUGACAUUCUCAAGUGUACUUAAAAGAACACUGACACAAUGUUACUACAUAUUUGUAUAAAUAUGUGACAAAGUACUGACUUUUGAAAUGAACAGGGUGAGAGAGACCAUAUGCACUUUUGUUUGUUUACAUUACAAAUAUAAUCAAUAAUAUUAUGUAGAGCUGCCCAGUGUGUUUAAUUUAAAUUUAAUCAAUUUCUGUUGAUCUCACACAGUUUGUGUUCAGUUGGUUUGAUUUCUCUUUGUUUAGUUGAGUUUUUAUGUGUGACUUGUUUAGUAACUUUGUAAACUCUUUAGUUCUUGUAUAUCGGGUGUGUAUGUAGUGACCGUGCUAAUAUUAUCAGUUCAUUCCCUGACCAGGACACUGGUCUGCGCAUCACUGCCGGGCAGUGCAGCUGUAGUUCACAAUUCAGGCUUUGCCUUUACUAUAUGUAAAUGAUCGUUCGUUAUAAAAUAUGUUUCUAAUAUAAAUGUCCAGUCAGGGUCUAUACAUUAAUUUUAAUGUGCACUGUGUCAUUCCUCUAGGUUGUAUUUUUAAUGCAGUGUUUUAGCAGUAUUCUAUAGAAAUUAAAGUCUGUGCAAAACACA